AGAGGUCAAGGAACGAAUGCACGUUUUUCACGAUUGAGGAAAGGAAAAACAAUGAUUAUUUUCUUAAUAUACGGUACGAAGCUAUGUGGAUCGUUUUGAAAUCUAUUAUGGGAUCAUGCGCCCUAGUCGACAGCAAGAGACCCCACGAGUAGACUAGUUGUAUACGUUCAGAAACUUCACAAUGACGUUGAGUAAAAAGCGUGACAUUUCAAAGUCAGACCAAUCUGACAAAGUCGUUAAAGCAAAAAAAGCAAAAGUCGCUGGACCACCUAAAAAUAUUGCCAAAAGUGACGGAGCUAAAAAUGAUGAUAAAACAGAAAAAAAAUUGUCAAAGGACACAGCUGCUACGAGAAAAAAUAGAAAAAUGACUCGAAAAAUGCAAAAACCUAAUUAUGAAUUAUCAAAAGAGACUUUAAAGCAAUGGGAAAAGCUUCGAAGAAACAAAAAUAAAAUGACGAAAGCGGAAAAAGUAGAUCUUGUAGAUGAAUUGAUGAAAACCGUUAAGAAACAAGACAAAAAGUUGGUGGAUCUGAUGUACGCUCACGACACAUCGCGAGUUCUACAAAGCUGUUUGAAACAAGGUAACGAGGAACAGCGACAGUCGAUUUACGAUGAAUUAAAAUCUGAGAUCGUAAACAUGUCGAAAAAUCGAUAUUCGAAAAAUAUGGUGUGGAAGUUUUUAAAAUAUGGAUCAUCAAAACAAAGAGAUGAAAUCAUUCAUGCGUUUGCUGGAUUGGUUCCGAAAUUAAUUCGAAAACCAGGACCAGCGAGUGUGAUUGAGUUUGCGUAUAAUAUUUACGCCAAUAAGGAACAAAGGAACUUUCUAGUUCAGCAGUUGUACGGGAAUACAUUCAACGUGACGAAAUCAAACGACAGUUCGACACUUGAGGAUGUUUUUAAAGAACAGCCAGAGAAAAAGUCGAUGAUUCUCGGCAAUUUUAAGCAGUGUCUGACUCCGUUGGUUGAUAAGGAGGUUAUUACUCACACAAUCGUUCAUCGUGUUUUUAACGAAUUUUUCACGUUUUGUGAUGAGGAGCAGUUGCGUUCGGAAGCGAUCGAACUUCUGAGGGAUUCUGUGAUUCAUAUGAUGCACACGAGAGAUGGUGCUCACGUCGCUAUGCAGUGUCUAUGGCAUGGAACGGCCAAAGACCGAAAAGUCAUUGUUAGAACGAUGAAAGAGUUCAUUAGAAAACUGUGCCAAGAAGAAUACGGACAUCUAGCUCUUCUGGCUGCGUUCGAUUCUGUCGACGACACAGUUUUCAUGAAUAAAGCUUUGAUUGCUUCCAUUGUGAAAAUGAUUCCUGAAAUCAUAAAUAACAAAUACGCAAGAAAAGUCCUUUUGUACUUGAUCUCUCCCCGAAACAAGUCACAUUUUUUGCCAGAAACCGUCACGUUUCUGUCGCAAGGGGAUGGAAAUAAACACAGUAAAAAACCAAUGGAAACAAGACAUAAAGAGCUAACUGCCAUUAUUUCUCCUGGACUUGUUUCCUACUUAAAAGACAACAUCAGCACCCUUGCUCGAGACAAGUCAUUAUUUAUGUUAGUCGAGGCUGCAAUUAACCACUGCUCUACAGAUGUUUCUGAAUUAAUUUCAGCGUUAAUAGAAUUGUUGUCGGUACCUUUCGAAGCUGGCGUUACCGAUGGCAACGGUAAAUUACAUCUUGUGGAAGACGCUGCUGGACAUCUACUUGUCAAACGACUAAUCUCCCAUAAACCUGACGAUAAUACAUCAGUUUCGUUUGCUAAAAGUUUGUUAGAGACUGUUGCUUCUGAAAAUAUCUCCUCCUGGUGUUCUUGUAACAGAGGAAGUCAAGUUCUGUUGAGUCUCAUACAAUGCCCGAUAGAAGAAGUUGCUUCAAAAUCUGCGAAGAUGCUGAAAAAGAAUUUGAAGCUUUUGAAGAAGAAUAAAAAAGUGAAGUCGACAGAAUUACUGAUUGAAAAAUUGUCAAAAUGAAGAUUUGAAGAAAUUCAAGAAGUCUUCUAGAGUAGAACUCUGUUUUUUAGCCUGUCAAUUGGGUUUCUGCAGAACUAACGAAUUAGCACCUAUGCUUUUGCACUGGUGAAUGCCCAUGAUGCAAGGAUACUGUAACAAGAAUAAAGUCAACUACUCUAAGGGAUCUUAGAGUCUUGCUGCAUAAUAACACAAAUACAAUCUGUGUGACCACCUACUUAUUUUCUAUGCCUUUAUGCUGGUGAAUAUGCGUAUGUUUAUAAUGCAAGGAUACCAUAGCAAGAGUAAAGAUGACCCAUAAAGCCCAAACUCUCAUUUCUAGAACGCUAAAUGCAGACAGUUACUGAAACUCUGUUGCGGUUUUUCGCAAAAGACACUUUCAAGGACA